AUGUCUCCCCAGGGAUGUAUUAACCGGCUUUUUGAGGCAACGCAUGAAAGCAUUGCGCCAACGGAGCUUGUGGAGAUCAGUCAAGCCUCCUUGUCAGGCGCUGAAUCUGCGGAGAUUAGAAACGAUCCCUGGCGAAUUAGAGGGUCGCUGGGCGACAUCCUAGGUAUUAGCUGCUCCAACCUUGCAAAACUUCCACACAGACAUCCCGCCCUGUUACUCUUUGACCAGGUGCUGACGAAAGAGUACAGAACUGACGAUGGAGAACGAUGGAAGGUGAAUACGUGCUGCCAAAAGGAACAUACAAGUAGUCCGCCAACUACAUACAUCGGCGAACAGUCAUUCCACAGCAGCCUUAAUGGAAGAGUAUCAGGACGUGCUGUCCUCGUACCGUAUGCAGUACAGAUUACAUGGACGAUAGCUAUACUAAAGGCUGGGGACAGCCCAAGCCGUGACUGCCCAGUGACCCUUGCCCAACGCCUUACCCCUGACGCUAAACUCCCUGCUUCCUCGGGCCUUGGUUAA